CCGAGCGCGGAGAAGAGCGGGGGCCGAACCGGCGGCCGGGCCCGGCUCGCGUCACGUGACCCAACCACGCUCCCGCGUCACGUGGGCCCGUUCGCCGGCUUCCGGAAGUGCGUCACGGGCUCGGGCCUGUCUCCGGAGUGGGCCCGCUCGGAACUUCGGCUCGGACCGGGGCAGCGCGGAGCGGCGGCUGGGCCGCCACUAGUUCCUUGCCAGAGAGUUUGAGCACAGAGAGUCGCCAAGAUAGCUGGGCCAGGAAGAAAACGUCGCACCCCUGACCCAGACUCCAUUACCGACCCUGGUGGGCCGUUUGUGUCGUCCAAACGGCUGAAAAUGUCCAGCAGCACCAAUGCCCCCGGCCAGAGGAGAGUGUCUCGGGGCUUGGAUGAUACCACCAACAAGAAGAAGCAGAAGGAUCGAGCCAACCAGGAGAGCAAGGAAGUGUCUCGCCCUGAGCUCGAGCAGGCUGAGACCUCCCAGGAGAGGGACUUGGAGGAGGAGUUGCUGCUGGACUGGAAGCAGAAUGCUGAUGAGAUCAUUGUCAAGUUGAACUUGGGAAGUGGAUCUCUGAAGGUGGAGGACGUGGAUACUUUCUUCACUGAUACUGACUGUGUGAUCAAACUACCAGAUGGACGCCAGUGGAGCUGUCAGUUCUAUGAGGAGAUUGAGGGCUCCUGCAGCAAGAUACAGUGCAAGAAGGGAAACUUUCUGCAGCUUGUGCUUCAGAAGAAGAUCCCGCUCCACACCUGGUCUUCGCUUCUGAAGAGAAAGAAAGACGGAUCCAAAGAGCUGGGCAAGGGGGCCACGUGCUGGGAGAACGGGAAGGAGAAGGCUUCUUCUGCAGAACUGGCCCCUGAAGAGCCACGGACUGAAAGCACCGAGCUGCCAAGAAGCCGCCGAGAGCCCUCCAACCCCAAGCGCGCUCAGGGAAGAAGUGAGACCCUGGGAGGGAAAAGCCCAGCCAGCCCAGGGACGCAGAGUGGCCCCAGCGCCAAGCGGGCAGUAUACCUCAAGGUGGCUCCUGCUGAAGAGGAGCCGAAUGCCAGAGUCACCGGGAGCGUGGAGCCCAGCAAAGGGCAUGGCGGGAGGUCAGGCAGCCGUCGCAAUGGCAGAGCCAGCCAGGGCGAUGCGCCUACAGCCCUAACUGACCUCGCACCGCCGCUAGAGAAGGCUGUGAUUAUGGCCAAGGAGACUGUUCCUGUGGAGGUGCCACCACUUGCUGCUACCACAGAGAUGUUCCCCCACCGUGUUGCCACUUGUGUGGAGAAAAGAGUCCUGCAGCCAGGCAGCCCUGUUGAAGCCUCACGGGGCCGGGAGAGUGCACCUGUCCUGGGAGAGAGCUCUAAGACCAUCCCAUCAGCCACGCGUCCCCUAGGCAGAGACGGAGAGAAGAGGGACUGGUCCAAGGACGAUGUGGCUCUGGAAGCAGCAGCUGACAGUGAGUGGCCCAGGGAACCAGAGCCUUUUGUGAGCCUGACCUUUGUCAAGAAUGACUCAUAUGAGAAGGGCAAUGACCUGGUGGUGGUGCAUGUAUAUGUGAAGGAGAUUCAUAAGGAGACUUCCAAGGUUUUCUUCCGGGAGCAGGACUUUACACUGGUGUUCCAGACAAGUGAUAUAAACUUCCUUCGCCUCCAUCCUGGCUGUGGGCCCCACACAGUGUUCCGGUGGCAGGUGAAGCUCAGGAACCUUAUUGAACCAGACCAGUGCACAUACACCUUCACAGCGUCUCGCAUUGAUGUCUGCUUGAAGAAACGCCAUAGCCAACGCUGGGGAGGGCUGGAGGCUCCAGCCACACGAGGUGCAGUGGGUGGUGCAAAGGUUGCCAUGCCUACAGGCCCUACCCCUCUGGAUAAGACCCCUCCAGGCAGUAACCAGCACCCCCUGUCCAGCAAAGAGGAGGCCCGAACCAGUGAGAAAGAGAAGCCACGUGUCGAGGAUGGGAGUCUGGAUGGCGUGGCAGCCCGUACAACCCAAGAGCAUGUGGCAGUGAAGCAAGAGCCACACAUCCCCUCACCCAAACCAACCUGCAUGGUGCCACCGAUGACACACAGCCCAGUGAGUGCUGAGAGUGUGGAAGAUGAUGAGGAUGAAGAUGAGAAAAAGAAGGUGUGCUUGCCUGGCUUCACAGGCCUGGUGAAUCUGGGCAAUACCUGCUUCAUGAACAGCGUCAUCCAGUCAUUGUCCAACACCCGGGAGCUGCGUGACUACUUCCAUGAUCGGUCCUUCGAGUCUGAAAUCAACUACAACAACCCCCUAGGGACAGGGGGACGCCUGGCCAUCGGCUUUGCCAUGCUAUUGCGAGCGCUGUGGAAAGGCACGCACCAUGCCUUUCAGCCCUCUAAACUGAAGGCAAUUGUGGCCAGCAAGGCCAGCCAGUUCACUGGCUAUGCCCAGCAUGAUGCUCAAGAGUUUAUGGCCUUUCUGCUUGAUGGCCUGCAUGAAGAUCUCAACCGCAUCCAGAACAAACCCUACACAGAAACUGUUGACUCAGACGGGAGGCCUGAUGAGGUAGUAGCUGAGGAAGCCUGGCAGCGACACAAGAUGAGGAAUGACUCCUUCAUUGUGGACCUAUUCCAGGGCCAGUACAAAUCCAAGUUGGUGUGCCCAGUCUGUUCCAAGGUAUCCAUCACCUUUGACCCCUUCCUGUAUCUCCCUGUUCCACUCCCACAAAAGCAGAAGGUGCUUACUGUAUACUACUUUGCAAAGGAGCCGCACAAGAAACCCAUCAAGUUCCUUGUGAGUAUCAGCAAGGAGAACUCCAGCGCCAUGGAGGUACUCGACUCGGUGGCCCACAGUGUGCAUGUGAAACCAGACAACCUGCGCCUAGCAGAGGUAAUUAAGAAUCGCUUCCAACGCAUGUUCUUGCCGUCCCAGUCUCUGGACACAGUCUCUCCCACAGACCUGCUGCUCUGCUUCGAGGUGCUGUCCCCAGAGCUGGCCAAGGAGCGGGUAGUGGAGCUGCAGGUCCAGCAGCGCCCCCAGGUACCUAGUGUCCCUGUCGCCAAGUGUGCAGCCUGCCAGAAGAAGCAGCUGUCAGAGGAAGAGAAGCUUAGGCGCUGCACAAGGUGCUAUCGAGUCGGUUAUUGCAACGUGACAUGUCAGAAGACACACUGGCCAGACCACAAGGCUUUGUGCCGCCCUGAGAACAUCGGUUUCCCCUUCCUCAUCAGUGUGCCGGAAUCCCGCCUCACUUACGCCCGCCUGGCCCAGCUGCUGGAGGGCUACGCAAGGUACUCGGUCAGCGUGUUCCAGCCUCCUUUCCAGCUGGGACGGAUGUCACCUGAGCAGGGGCUGCAGCCUCUUCUCCUAGACAAACUGGAGCCCCUGGCCAAAGGCAGCUGUGCCGCUGCCACCCCUGCUCCUGAGCUGGGGGAUGGGGACAGGGCUUCUGGCCUCCUGCAGGAGCCUCCCCUCUCACCAGCUGUGCCUGAGCUGCACCCAGAGAUGAGCGACACUGGCACUGUUCGGAGCAAGGUUCUGGCUGCCAGGAGUUCCCUGCUGAGCUUGGAUUCGGGCUUCUCUGAGCACAUGGAUUCACAGGGCGACAGCUGUUGUGAGAAAGAGCCGUCCUAUGAGAGAGCCCUCAAACCAGAAGCUGCCAUCCCUGGGUACCAGCACACUCCAGACUCGCUGAGCGCCCGUGCCACACAGUUCUACAUCAACAAGAUCGAUGCUGCCAACAAAGAGUAUAAGCUGGAAGAUAAAGGUGACACCCCCUUGGAGCUGACAGAUGACUGUUCCCUUGCCCUGGUGUGGAAGAACAAUGAGCGCCUCAAGGAAUUUGUAUUGGUGGAGUCCAAGGAGCUGGAGUGUGUGGAGGAUCCAAGUUCAGCCAGUGAAGCAGCCCGAGCUGGCCACUUCACCCUGGAGCAGUGCCUCAAUCUCUUCACCAAGCCCGAAGUCCUGGCCCCAGAGGAGGCAUGGUACUGCCCCAAGUGCAAACAGCACCGUGAGGCCUCCAAGCAGUUGAUGCUGUGGCGCCUGCCCAACGUCCUCAUCAUCCAGCUCAAGCGCUUCUCCUUCCGCAGCUUUAUUUGGAGGGACAAGAUCAACGAUAUGGUUGACUUCCCUGUCCGGAGCCUGGACCUAAGCAAAUUCUGCAUCGGCCGGAAGGGUGAGCAGCAGCUGCCCGUGUAUGACCUGUACGCUGUAAUCAAUCACUAUGGAGGCAUGAUUGGCGGGCACUACACGGCAUACGCCCGCCUGCCCAACGACAAGAACAGCCAGCGCAGUGACGUGGGCUGGCGGCUCUUCGAUGACAGCACAGUCACCACCGUGGACGAGAGCCAGGUGGUAACCAGAUACGCGUAUGUCCUCUUCUACCGCCGGAGGAACUCUCCUGUGGAGAGACCCCUGCCAGGGCACCCCCCAGACCACCGAGCCGAGCGCACCCCCUCUGCCGAAGCUGCUGCCAGUCAGGCUUCUCUGAUCUGGCAGGAACUGGAGGCUGAAGAACAAGAGCUGCAGCUCGAGGCUCCCCAAAGGCCUGUGAGAAACUCCUGGAGGCCCCGUGGCCAGAAGAGGAGUCCGGGUACCCCCCAACACCCAGAUGAAGGCUGCGUCAAAUACUUCAUCCUGGCCACCACGGCCGCAAUUGUGGCUCUCUUCCUGAACGUGUUCUACCCGCUCAUCUACCAAACCCGCUGGAGAUAGGUGUGGGCACACAGCCAGCUGCAGAGCAGGGCUGCCGGGGCACGCGCUGUGCCAGAAUGCUGCAUGGUGAAGACGUCAGGGCUGCCAGGUGGCCAGACAGCACCCUCUGGGCAGCAGGACAGAACCCUGUGGGAAGGACGCACCUGCUGUGGGCACCAAUGCUCUCCAAGGGAAGCAUGAGGCCGUCGGCUCCUGUCUGUCUGCUCUGGCAUCUCCUAUGCCAGCUGGCAGGGCUGCGUGGCCGGCCCCCAGCGUUGCCAAGGCACAGCCCAGAACCAGCAUCCCCUCAGCCCGCCCUCGCCCUGGCUGCCUUCUUGCAUCGGGGCUGGCCCCACUGGUACAUGCUGCUCGGCAAAGGACAGUGCCACUGCCACUGGGAACAUCCUGGGAACAAGCAGAGCUCUGCUCAGAGGCUUUUGUGAGAACAGGAUGCCCUGACAUGAUCGUUGGUCCCGCUGCCUCUCCCUGCUUCAGGAGCCUCACAUUCUUCAGAGCUGGCACAAGCUGUAUCCCUCCAGGCCAGCAUCAUCUCCUGUGCUGGGGCUGAAUGACUUGUCAUAGAGUGCUUUGUGCUUCCUUGCUCAGUCAGAGGGCUUGGCCACAGCGCUGCUCCUUGCCCCAGGGGGCACCCAUAGCGCUCACAGAACUGCGUGGGCUGCCCCUGCCUGUCUGGGGUUCCCAGUUUGCAAUGUGUGCAGCUGCCUGGGAUGGCUCUGGGGGAGCACGGGGCAGCACCUCUUUGGGGGACUGGCGUGGGCUUGGGGAGCGGCAGGCAGGAGCGAGGCUGCAGGAGGCCAGCGGGAGGCUGUGCUGGGAGUGUGACUUUCCAGCACAUUGUGGGGUGUGCUAAUAAAGGCAGGUUUUCCAAAGAGCUGCUGCACCUUCUCCUGUGUGACAGGACGGUGGCAGCAGUCAGGGGCUCUGUACCCGAGGCUGCUCCAGGACAGGAGGCAGCUGGAUGGAGUGUCCCUCUCCUGCCACCUGAACUGGUCCUACGGGCACAGCCGACACAGGCACUGCCCUGCGCUCAGCUGGGUGCAGCAGGCUUCUCUGCCUGCCUGUGCCGUGGGGCCCCAGCUGUGGGGCAGCAGUUGUGGCACGUGCUGGGUGCCUGGAGGGCCUGGUAGCACGCAGUCCUGCCGGGCUGGGGCAAGGGCUGUAGCGGCAGCGGUGUGUGACAUUGAGACGUGUUGCCCUUGGCAGAGCGAGGCUCAGGCUGCUCGGGAGUGUUUGGGUUUGAGAGGUGACUUCAGAGUCCUGUGAUUUCCUUUUCCGUCUCCGAUGCCGUCCUGCCGGCAGUGCCCUUGGCUGUCUGAGGAAGGAUGCUCAGUGGGAAUGGCCGGGGCUCUGGCAGCGCUGAGGGGCUUCAGAGAGGAAACGCAACCCCUGGAGCCCCCCGCCCCCGUCGUGCAGCUGUACGGGCGUCCCCUUGUCCCUGCACACGGGUCCCAGCCCGGUGCUUCCCGCCGUCGGGACGUGCCUGUCCUGGAACAGUCGCCUCAUUGUCUGCGGUCUGGGGCCCCCACGCGCCCACGGCGCUGCCCUCGUGGGGCUGAGUCAGCGCCCGGCGCCUGCGGGGUGACCUCUGCUCCGCCUGGCGCUGCAGCCCUGGGCGCGGGGCCACGCACCGCUCCCUGCACCUGCCUGCCCUGCAGGUGGGGGUUCCGUUCCCGGAACCUCCCUUCCUCUCCUGUGCUGCUGCUGCCCACCCUGCGGCCCCGCAGCCGUGCCGGUCGCCGUCCCGAUCACGGCGGCGCGGGGCAGCGGUGCCGGACGGGGCGAAGCGGCAGCUCCGGGGCUGUGCCGAGCGUGCCGCAGCCUGGCUGCAGCGCUCGGGCAGGUCGGGGCCGUCUGCGGGGCUGCUCUGGGCUCGUUGCCUUCCACCCGCCCCGCUUCUGGGGCCUUUGCCGGGAGCGGAGUGGGAGUUGAGAGGUAUGCAGCAUCGUGCAGUGU